GCAGACUGUGUCAUUUUGCUACUUCCUCAGCUGGAAGGUGGGCUUAGAGUACUCUUCACAGCCGUUAAUAAAUGCCCAAGCAGACUAAUGACAGCUGAGUCAUCAUCUCUGUAUACCACUUUUGAUGAAAUACUAGCAAAACAGUUGAAUAAUGAAGAAAUGAAUCAGCUCCCCGGAGUCCUUGGUGAAUCAGCAAUGGAAUUUCUUUGGGAUUUUUUGAACCAUCAAGAAGGCCCACGUGUUAGAGACCAUCUGAGCCAUGGAGAAAUCAGCUUAAAUCACUUCCCAAGAGAAAUAGCAAAUUCCAUGCUUUCAUUUUCUAUUACACUCCUCUGCAGAUUUUCACGGGAUGACUUGGCUUCCAUUAAGGUAAGGAACAUGCCAACUUACACUAAAUUUUAAACUACAUUAAAAUUACGCUGUUGUAGCUUUCAAAUCCAAAUGUUUAUGUAUUUAGAGCAUACGGUCUCCUUGUUCUAUAUAGCAUAUCUGUAUGUUUUGUAAAUCUUUGUUUAUGGAGACAGAGCAACCUGGUGGCCUACCUGUAGUCCUACUUUUUAGAUGGCCGCUUGAUUGCCACAUUCCCUGAAAAGUUAUUUCCAAAGGGGAAAUUUCUAUCCUGAAUAUCAUUUAAUGUAACAUAAAGGAAUAAAGCCAGAAGGAAAUUCAACUAUUUGUCUUUUUAUAUGAUUUUUUAAAGAAAGAGGCAGCAAAACUACCUUUGUUCCUUUUCCCAGUUUUCUA